AUGGAUUUGGUGGCUGCUGGUUCUAGGGUUGAUAUGUCUGUGGAGAUCAUGGCUGUCAGCGGAACACAAGUAAUCGAUGUUAUCGAGCAAGGAGCAGGGGCACAACCAGAUGGUCCCCAGAUUCCAGUUGCUUCUGAUAGUGAUUCAUGCUCCUCACCAGAUGAGGACAAGUUAGCCACUUUUGAGAAACAACUCGAAGAUGAGUUCAAAGUUAAGAGCGAAGCAGAAAAGCUGAUAAAGGCGUAUUCUACCGGCCGUUCCAAAGAUCAGAAACAUCUCAGUGAUGCUCAGAAAAUACUCCAUGACAGCAAAAGAAAAAUAGAAAUUUUGCGCAUGUUGAUUCUCCAACAUAAAGAAACACCUACAAUAAGUCCAUUGGAGAAACGCAUUGAGGAAUUGAGCCACCGAUUUGCGAUCGAGCGUGCCGUGGCUGAAGGAGCCAAACAUGCCAUCCAGAAAUUGGAUGGAAAGCCGCUUGUUGAGGCACAAUCAAUACUACAGGCGUCAAAUGAAAAGCUGGACCUCCUUAAAUAUUCCUUGCAGGAACGAGUGAAAGAACUUCCUGAUGGCCACCAUAGGAAGAGUAUAACCACCGAGGAACUGUCCCUUGGUUCAGUCAAAUCCAAGUCCAUAGCACUAACCGCAUCAUUCUUCCAAAUCCAUUGUUACAAUAUUUAUUCUGAUUGUUUGACAGGUACUCUGAAAGUGCGAGUAAAGGGCUGUCACGGUAUUCUGGAGAAUGUACCUGGCAGACUAAAGGACCCGUCAGAUGUUCUCCUUGGCAGGAGUCCACGUCGAGGAAGAUUCUUAUUAAUGAACCGGAUCAGAAGAAACAACCGUGGCAGCAAUCAGAACAUCCAAGAGACUUUUGACUUUUCUAGUGAAGUCCUUACUCAGCUGAAGAUCGAUCAUAUUCCAGUGGGUUCAACAAGUUGGAAAACUGUUUCUAACCCAUCCUGGAAUAAGACAUUUAAACUGGAUUUAGAUAAGUCUCGGGAGCUAGAAAUAUCCUUAUAUUGGCAUGAUCAGAGAUCACUGUGUGCCACAAAGACUCUGAAGUUGGAAGAAUUCCUGUUGAACCCCAAACAGGAACUGUGUCUACAACUGGAACCACAGGGCACCCUUUUCAUCAAGGUGACGUUUUCCAGUCCUUUCACCCAGAAAAGGCCAAAGCUUCAAACAAUUAAGAAAUUAAUCUCCUCAAAACAAGAGGAGACCACCGAACCAGCUCCACUGGAGGAUGCAGCUAUUGAUGCUCAUUCGCUGCCAGAAUCGGAUACUGAGAGCGUGGAUUCAUCGGCGCCGGCUGUGGAUACUGAAACGGAAAAGACCAUCCAGCCAGCUCCAGAAGAAGAUGUUGUUACUGACAAUCCUAUAUUGCCAGUAGCCACUGAGAGCAUGCGCCCAUUAACACCUGAUGCUGAUACCAUUACAGAAGAGACCUUCCAACCACCUCCAGUGGAAGCUACAACUAUUGACAAUGUACCAGUAGUGGACACUGAGAAUGUGGAUUCAACACUACCAGCUAUCAACACCAUUAGUACAGAAACUAUCCAACCACCUCCAGUGGAAGCUAGAAUUUUUGACAAUGCUCCACUGCCAGUAGCAGUAGAGGACUCUGUGAGCAUGGAACCAUUACCACCAGCUAUUGUAAGCUUGCUAGAAAUGACAAUCCAACCAGCUCUAGAAGUUUAUUUAGUUACUGACCCUACUCCAUUGCCAGUAAAGGACACGGACAGCGUGGAGCCAUCGGUGCCAGCUGUUGAUGAAAUUACAGAAAAGACAAUUCAACCAGCUCCAGAGGAGGAUGCAGCUAUUAAUCCUCAAUCACUACCAGUAGAGGACUCUGAGAGCAUGAAGCCAUUGCUGCCAGCUGACGAUGAAGAUACAGAAAAGACAAUCCAACCACCUCCAGAGGAGGAUGCAGCUAUUAAUCCUCAAUCACUACCAGUAGAGGACUCUGAGAGCAUGAAGCCAUUGCUGCCAGCUGACGAUGAAGAUACAGAAAAGAUAAUCCAACCAGCUCCAGAGCAGGCUGUAGUAAUUGACACGCCUCAAGUGUCAGCAGUGGACAAUAAGAAAGUGGAAUCAUCACCACCUGGUGCUGCUACUGAUAUGGAAAAAAACAUCCAAACAUCAACAGAGAAAGAUGCAGUUAUUGAUAUUGAUAACAUUGCAGAAGAAAUCACUGGACCACCAAAGGGUUUAGUUCGUGACGCUGUUCCAUUGGCAGAAGCAGAUGUGGAAAAUCCAUCAUCAUCAGCUGGUAUUCAGCAAGGAGCUCGGCUGAGCAUUCAGGAUUUUGAUUGUCUCUGUGUGCUGGGAAGAGGAGCAUUUGGAAAGGUUCUGCUUGUUGAGUACAAGCGUACAAAGAGCAAAUUUGCUUUAAAAGCCCAAAAAAAACAAGACAUAACUGGAACUAAAAGAGUCCCAAGGCUUAUAUGUGAAAAGGAAAUCCUACAGACUGUGAGCGAAGUACAGCAUCCUUUCCUUGUUAACAUGUUGGCAAGUUUCCAGACUCCGGGUCAUUUUUGUUUUUUAAUGGAGUAUGCCGCUGGUGGGGACUUAAUGACCGAUAUUAGGAACAACAACUUUCAGCCAUUUUCCACAACCAGAGCUGUGUUUUAUGCGGCGUGUUGUGUGCUCGGCCUGGAUUUCUUGCAUCAAAACGAUAUUGUUCACAGAGAUCUCAAAUUGGAAAACAUUGUAAUUGACAUAGAUGGAUUUGCCAAAAUUACAGACUUUGGUCUUAGUAAACAAGGGAUGGGAUAUGGAGAACAAGACAGAACAUAUUGUGGCACCCUGCAUUACAUGGCACCGGAAAUGGUUUGCGGUAAACCAUACACAACAUCUAUUGACUGGUGGAGUCUCGGUGCAGUUAUUUAUAUAAUGCUGUGUGGAAUGCUUUUGCAUAAAGAUCCCAAAGUCCGUCUAGGAGCCAGCGAGAAUGAUGCCUGGGAUCUGAAGAGCCACCCUUUUUUUAAACAAAUAGACUGGUUCGCAUUAUUGUUUAAGAGUGUCAGGCCGCCAUGCGUACCAUCCAUCGAGGGACCAGACGACGUCCGCUACUUUAAUAGAAUGUACACAUCAUGCGCCCCCAUUCUGACACCGCCAGGCGAGUCUGAGUCACUAUCUGAUGUAGAGCUGGAGCUAUUCAAAGAUUUUGACUGGGUUUCCGAUAGGAUUUAA